AUGGCGUCGAAGCCACACCAUGAGGAGGCGGAUGAUAGCCACCACCAUCCUCAUGCCGAUACACCGGUCCUCGCUGACGUGGAUAACGAGUACUGUGACGAGUAUGUCCACCCUGGUGCCCGUCGCCUCUACGCCAAGCUUCCCUUCAUGCAGCGCAUCCCCAUCUUCAGCGAGGCCGCCACCUCCUAUGGCCCUGGUUGUAUUGGUUCACUUGGUAUAUGCUACUUCCUGUGUAAGGGUAUUGCAAACAGCAUUAUCGGUUACGCGAAGCAGCCGCUCUUCAUGAACCGCUACGGUCUCAGCGGCCUGCGCUACCAGCGCCUCUCCAGCAUUACCUCGAUGGGCUGGUCCAUCAAGGCCUUUACGGCCAUGCUGUGCGACGCCUUUGCCGCCUUUGGGUACACGAAGCGUUGGUACAUGUUCGCUUCCUGUCUGUUUGGUGGCGUCUUCGCCCUCAUUCUGGGUCUGCUGCCUGCCAAGGAAUCGUCCGCGAACACCGCCUGCGCUUUCAUCUUCCUUACUGCCUUCAGUAAGGCCAACGUGGAUAUCCUCUCCGAGGGUCUCUACAGUCGUCUGAUGCGCCGUCGGCCCAAGGCUGGUGCCGCGCUGGUGAGCUGGAUCUGGCUGUUCAUCAUGGUGGGUGCCAUCAUAGCGGCUGCCAUCCAGGGACCGCUGUCCGACUCCAGCAUGGUGCAGGUGGGCAUCUUUAUUGCUGCCGGUCUGCAGAUGGUUUGUGCGUUGAUCUUCUUCUUCAACCUGUACGAGGAGCGCACAAACAAAGUGGAGCGCUGGGAGGAUGCGCUUGCGCUGGAGGCGGAGAUGCGUGCAGAGCUGGGCAUGGACGUGACAGCGGAGCAGGCUCGGCUGCGUGCUCAGGUGCAGCUCGCUCACAAGGGCCCCUGCAGCACCACCACCGAGGUGGAACCCAUCACCAUGCACAUGAAGGGUGUUGCUCCCCACGAUGGACAGAGGUUGGAGUUCAGUGGUGCCCUAGUGGCAGAGCUGGCUGACGCUGCAGAGCAAGAUUAUGACCUACAGAGCCUCGAAGCGGCGGCGCGCGCUCGCGUGGGUGAGCCCAUCACAUGCCUCUUCGGGGUCUUUGAGGUCAACAGGGAUGUCUUUGGCCGCAACUGGAGGAUCUUCGCCUACAGCAUCAUCAUGACGUGUGCCGUCGUCGCCAUGACGUGCGGCAACAUUCUUGCGGACACCCUCGGUCUGCUGAUCCUCUGCAUCAUUGUCUCCAUUGUCUGCUGUGCUGCAUCCUUCUGGGCCCUGCCCCUUGUCAUCGCCAAGGCGAACGUCUUUGGCUAUCUGCAGAUGGUCUUGUAUCUGCAGCUGCCUGGCGCGCUCGACAGCUUCUACCUCGCUGAUGAGGAAUGCCUCCCCGGCGGUCCGCACUUCUCGUACACCUUCUACAAUACGGUGAGCGCCCUCAUUGGCAACGUUGGUGGUCUUGCUGGCAUUACCGUGUUCAACUACAUCUUCUCCAAGCACAGCUACCGGCUGACUCUUGUCGUCACCACCACUGUCCAGAUCCUUGCCUCCGUCUUCGACAUCAUUAUGGUGAAGCGCUGGAACAUUGCAAUCGGCAUCCCGGACCGCGCCAUGUACAUUAUGGGCGACGCCAUUGUGUUUCAGGUGUGCUACUAUCUGACGUGGAUGCCGGUCGUGAUUCUGCUCUCGCGCCUGUGCCCUCGCGGCUCCGAGAGCAUGGUGUACGCGCUGAUGGCCGGUUUUGCCAACCUCGGAGAGACGAUGGCGACCUCGGUCGGCUCGCUGAUUAUGGAGUACGCCUGGGGCAUCGUAACAACCCCACCGUGCGACUUCAGCAAUGUGCCCAUGCUCUUGCUUGUGGGCCACAUCCUGGCUCCCAUGUUGAUCAUCCCACUCUCCUUGCUGCUGCCGGCCGCGCGUGUCUGCGACGACAUCAACGUGGACGGAGAGGCGGUCAAGAGAGAAGCGAAGAAGUACAUCUCGCACGCCGACAGCGACAGCAGCAACGCCGCCGGCAAGCAGUGA